AUGGUUGGGACAGAUUUGGCCCCCGGGCAGGAGAGGAACAAACACCGAAAAGCACGGCCCUGGCAAAUCCACGACGCGUCAAGAAAUCCUGGUCAAGAGCGCAUCGGCGCCAAGUGCAGCAGGUCGUUGAAAAUACAAGAUCCCCACACGCCCGGGACUCUUGUGGAAAUAGUAGAGCAAAAGGCCGGGGCAUUUUGGACUGCCUUCUUCCCAAAACCACCGCCAGCCGAUCUAUCCGACAGACUCAUUCCGACCGACUUUCCAGCAGUCAUCGCUCAAGAGAUACAGGAGGCGGUGCAAGGAGCGAAAGCAGGGAAAACACCUGGAGAAGACGGCAUACUGAACUCUCUCUGGCAUAAGCUCAUCGAGAUACCGGUGCUUCUGGAAACGGUGGUUCAGUUAUUCAAUGCAUGCAUAAACACAGGCUACAACCCGUCACAUUUUCAGCGCUCGAUAACGGUGGUGCUUCGGAAGCAAGGCAAAACUCGCAAAAUCCUACAGACCUGUCGUGUGGUUGAACACGCUCGGGAAGUCCUGGAGGCAGUUGCCGCGCGACGGAUCAGCUACGCAGCAGAAAUCCACGGUUUACUCCCACAAACGCAUCUAGGCGGGCGAAAGGGCGUAUCCACCGACCAUGCGAUCCACACUAUCAUUGAUGGAAGCAAGACCGCAUGGGGAGAGGGCUUUUUUGUGGUAUCUCUGCUGAUGUUGGACGUGUCCGGAGCGUACGACAAUGUCGCCCAUGAACGUCUAUUACACAACCUCAAGAAACGACGCAUGGGACACUUCGUUCCCUGGAAACUCAGAGCGGUAUGUCGCAAAGCCGACCAAUGGGCCGAGAAACAUGCGUCAGUUUUUGAUCAGAAGAAAUAUGCACUGGUGCAUUUUAUGAACACCAGAGAAGUCGACCCACGAUGCACGUCGCUUCCUCUGCGAGGUCACACGGUGACAGCGACGAGGACAGCUGAGCGAUACCUCGGCUACUGGCUGGAUCCAGGCCUGGAAUUCCACCAUCACUGCGAGAAAGCGCUGACUGAGGCCGGCGUCUCUCUCCACGCACUACGCAGCCUGGCAGGUUCAACGAGGGGAGCCUCACUCUAUGCAACGCGAAAGAUCUACCAAGCAGUGAUCAUCCCGCAGAUGCUCUUUGGGGUUUGCGUGUGUUAUCAACCUAUGCUCAUCAGCAAAUACAAGGCACGCCAAAUCAGCUUGCCAUUCACGGCAGUACAAAAACAAGCAGCAAGCCUCAUCAGCGGAGCUUUCAGAACCACGGCAGCAGAGGCACUGAACGUAGAACUUCACCUACCGCCUAUCUCUGUUCACAUGAACCGAUUGGUAAAGGAAACUGCUCUGCGACUACGGAGAGGACCGCUUUUUGCGGUCCCGCCCACGAUGUUACGACCCUGGACACCAUAUGAGAGAGACUGGGCUGGAUGGACAUCUAUGGAGGCGCAGGCCUGGAAGACGGACGGAUGCCUGACGACUCCCCUGGGAACUUUGAAGAGGAACUGGGAGAGUCGAAAGGGAUUCGUUCUGGCACCAUGGCAAGCCCCACCAGACGUAUCGAGGACAGAGAAAUUGCGCGGAAUUGAUGGAAGGAUCGGAGCGGCAGCAGUCGUCGACCUAGAGGACCAACAUGCCCAUAAUCAAAUGGGAGGCGACAUGCCGUCCACCGUAUAUGCAGCAAAACUUCGAGCCAUCGAGAUGGCACUUGAGAUGGUUCUGGGCAGCAGCACAUAUCCAUAG